UGACGUCACGGUGACGGAGUGCCAGUAGGAGCCGCGCGUUGCACCGUUUGAACAGUUUGAAGAGUUUGAAGUCGAACUAUCCCGUCAAGACGCAGCAAUAAAAAUGAAAGUUCCGAUAAGAACCACCAUGCUGCCCGCUGGACUGGCUUGAAGAAGAAAGCAGGCGUUUUGGCUGACCUGUGCGGGACAAAAGACGGCGUCGCCACCGCAGUCUCACUCACCGAUGCUGCACUGCUGCAACAACUAACACACGUCGAUGUCUUGGCUUGAGGGUCGUAGGGAGUCGCUUCCUGUAGCCCAGCAGGUGGUCAGGCGGCGCUACUCGGGCCCGUUGCUGCUCCCGCCACUACGAAGGAGACACUCGUGUCAGGAUCACCAUUCGGACAGCCGGCGCUUUUCUGCUGCGCAUGGCUUACCGCUGCAUCGACUUGAAGUUCUCUACUGCCGAGCGUUGGCCAGUCACGAUGAACACCGGAGCCAGCUGGGCUUGCAAAAGCCAUUUGAUGGCUGGAUUCAGUUCCACGGUGGCCUCACAAACACCUCCUUCUCCUCAUCAAGCCUCCCUCCAUCCCCGCCGCAUCUGUUUCCAGCUCCAGCGGCUUGCUUUCACAAGCGCUUUGCACAAGGAGGGAAGUGGCCCACGAGUGGGAGGAAUAGGAGUUUUGAUGUGGAAAAUGGCCUUUCGGUGGGUCGCAGUCCUUUGGACUCCCAGACCAGCCCAGGCUCGGGUCUGGUCCUACAGUCCAAUGCCCCCCACAGUCAACGGCGGGAGUCCUUCCUCUACCGCUCCGACUCCGAUUAUGACCUCUCGCCCAAAAGCAUGUCACGCAACUCAUCGACGGCCAGCGAAUUGCAUGGAGAAGACAUGAUAGUCACCCCAUUUGCACAGAUUCUCGCCAGCCUGCGAACAGUGAGAAGUAAUUUUUCCGCUUUCACGCAUCUGCAAGAUCGUGCGGGAAACAAGUGGCCACCAAGCAGUAACCAGCCACCCCCAUGUAAGCCAUGUCACACAGAAGAGCCUUAUCAGAAAUUGGCAGUGGAGACUCUGGAGGAGCUGGACUGGUGUCUCGACCAGCUCGAGACACUUCAGACCAGACACUCGGUCAGCGAGAUGGCGUCUAAUAAGUUUAAGAGGAUGCUAAACCGAGAGCUGACUCAACUGUCAGAGACCAGUCGCUCAGGGAAUCAGGUGUCGGAGUUCAUUGCCAAUACCUUCCUCGAAAAACAACAUGAUGUGGAGAUUCUGUCUCCCCCGCCUAAGGAGAAGGAGAAGAAGAAGAAGAAGAGGCCCAUGUCACAGAUCAUUGGUGUGAAAAAGGUCACACCGAGCCCCAGCGUUGUAUCCACCUCCAUCCCUCGUUUUGGAGUCACCACCCCACAGGAGAACCUGCUGGCCAGCGAGAUUGAGGACCUUAACCGCUGGGGUCUGGAUGUAUUCAAGGUAGCGGAACACUCUGGAAACCGCCCUUUAACGGUCAUCAUGUUCUCCAUCUUCCAGGAGCGAGAUCUGCUAAAAACAUUCCGGAUCCCAACGAACACAUUCAUCACCUUCAUGAUGACCUUAGAGGACCAUUACCGUGCCGACGUAGCUUAUCACAACAACAUCCACGCGGCUGACGUUGUGCAAUGCACACACGUGCUUCUAUCGACACCGGCUCUGGAGUCUGUUUUCACAGAUUUAGAAGUCAUGGCCGUUUUGUUCGCCAGUGCCAUUCACGACGUCGACCACCCCGGCGUCACAAACCAGUUCCUAAUAAACACAAGUUCCGAGUUGGCGUUGAUGUACAACGAUGCCUCGGUGCUGGAGAACCAUCACCUGGCUGUGGGCUUCAAACUGCUCCAAGGGGACGACUGCGACAUCUUCCAGAACCUCAGCAAGAAACAGCGAGAUUCCCUCCGCAAGAUGGUGAUCGACAUGGUGCUAGCCACAGAUAUGUCCAAACAUAUGAACUUCUUGGCGGACAUGAAAACAAUGGUGGAGACCAAGAAAGUGACCAGCUUGGGAGUUCUGCUGCUUGACAACUAUUCCGAUCGAAUCCAGGUUCUUCAGAACAUGAUCCACUGUGCCGAUCUGAGCAACCCAACCAAGCCCCUCGAGCUUUACCGUCAGUGGACCGACCGCAUCAUGGUGGAAUUCUUCACGCAGGGAGACAGGGAACGUGAUAAGGGCAUGGAGAUCAGUCCCAUGUGUGACAAACACAAUGCCUCCAUUGAAAAGAGCCAGGUGGGCUUCAUCGACUACGUCGUUCACCCUCUGUGGGAGACGUGGGGCGACUUGGUGCACCCUGACGCUCAGGACAUCCUGGACACCCUGGAGGACAACAGAGAGUGGUACCAGAGCAUGAUCCCACGCAGCCCCUCACCUUCUAGUCCCGACGAGUCCCACGCUGAGCUCAGAUCGGGAGGUCCCCCUUCGACAGGGGUCAGCGGGGACAAGUUCCAGUUCGACCUGACACUGGAGGAAGAAGAAGAGGUUGAGGAAUUGGAGUCGGACCUAGAGAGUCCACUCGAGGAUGAGCCACAGUUGGGGACGGAACGGCACCAGGACUCGUCCUCCCCUUCCACGUCCCCGGACCCGCGCAACAGGUACCGGCCUCCUUCGCCUCAUUGCAGAGCCCCCACCCUCACAGGACCACGAACCUGACCGGCCAGGAGGGAUAUAACAGUAAAGACGACAGUGCCCCCUGGCUGCAUGAAGGCACAUAACACCCAGCACAACCUGCCCUCCUGAAAAGACAGUAGCGGGGCAGGCGGGCCGGCGGGCGGGCGGACCUACCAAGGAAGUCUGUAAGAUCACCACAGUCCCUUUACACUGGAGACAGCCUCUCUGUAGACAGAGGGAUGAUAGCCCUCUUUUUAAUUUCAUAUUUAUGUAUCGGCCUGUCUUUGGGUGCCUCCUAAGUCUUGAUUGUUUUCCUCCUUGGUUGAGGAACGCCACUUGCACCGGAAAAAAAACAGUGACUCUCUCCCAUAAGGAAAGGCAAAAGAAACGUCUUCCUCUCAAACUUUUUGGACGUGAGCAAACGAGUUGCCGUGUUAUGAUCACAGGGUCUUGGAAAUGAUUUUGCACCAUUCGCGAAAAUCUUAUUUUCUUGUACUAAUAUGUCAUCCUUUUUUUUCGAGGGCAAAAAUAUUUGGAAGUUGAUAUUUGAACUGUUGAGAAGCAGAUGGACCUAAACCUCAGGGUAUGAAGAGAAACACAAAUGGAAUGUAGCAUGCAUGUUGUGCAUACAUACUCUGCUCCUCGAGGGUCACUGUCUUGCCAAUUCAAAUAAUAAUUCGAAUCAUUCUCAUCAGGCUCCUGCAGAGCAUGCUGAUGAGCUGAUCGUUUGUGUGUUGGGGGGGGAUAUCUAAAACAUGCAGGGUAGCGGCCCUCGAGGACACUUGUGUGCCCUAAAGUCAUUCCCUGUUUGAAUUUACCUCUGAACCAUGCGACUGGAAUUUGUCUAAUCCCAGUUGAAACCCUUUAAAUUAGCCACCUAGAGCAAUCAAAUGUCUAUGGAUGGAUGGAUGUGUGUGAAAAAAAAUAUAUAUAUAUUGCUAUAUAUAUUUUAGGAAACCAUCUUGUAGCACAUCAGAUUGAGCACUGAAGACACCACCUGUAGUCUAAUUGUUAUCCUUUUUAAAAAAAAAAAAAAAAUUGAUUAAUUUAUAUAUCAGCCUUUAUUUAAACCUGAUUAUUAAUUUUCCAUUGCUCAUUCGGUGGUCAUGUUUUCCCUCAUCUUGUUUUGAUUUGAUCAGGGUGCCUCCAGUUGGCAGUAGCACUUUAGCAUUUUUGUCGCUUAAGCACUUGGAAUGUGUUAGAAAGGGCUUCAAUGUAGGUCUGCUCAACAUAAAUAGAAUACAAGGGAGGAAAGUAAUCAUUUGAUUGAUUUGGAAUUUCAUCCAUUUUGAUUGUAACAACAAUGAGGUCAUGUUAAUGUCAUCUAAUUGCAUGAGAAGAGCAAAAAGGCAAGGCUGCAUUUCAAUGUUUUUCCACCUACCAUUGCCUUUUAAAUACAGCCUGAAUGUCAGUGACUUACAACUUUAAAAGUGACUCACUAUAAUGCUCCUGUUUUUUUUUUGUUUUUUUUGGAAGAAAAUUAAUGAUUCUCUUUGUAAACUCAAAAGCAUCAAGUUGCAUCAAGAUUUGAUCAGACGAUUUUAUACUUUUGCAGUAUGUUCAGGCAUACUCAUGAUUUUUGCAAGUUCAGAAAUUGCACGAAAAUGAAUGCGGCAAAAUUCGUGAUUCACUAACAUUGAGUCACUGCCCAAAACAUUUGGCAUUAAACUUUUUUUUUUUUUUUAAUUAAUACAUGAUGUGUUCCAGCCUCCACAUCUUAACUCAUCAGAACCACAGUGCCUGCUUGUAAAUGAAACAUCAAGUCACCUCAAUUGUUUAUUAUUUGCUUUAAUCUUGUUUUAGUGGGCACUACACAUGAAUAUACUGUAGACUCCUUAAGAUUUGCAAGCAUAAUUGUUGAACAGAAUAAGUCCAUCACUUUAUUUCCAUUUUGCACACACACACACACACACACACACAAAAAGGCAGGAGCAGAGUUCAAAUAACAAACCUCAAAAUAAUGAGUUUUUUUCUUAUUUCUAUUUUUUUUCUAUUAUUAAAAAAAAAAAAAGAAAACAUUGACACCGUCUGGAGGUUAACCGCUUGACUGUAAUAAUGCUGUUCAUGUUUAAAAAAAAAAAAAAAAAAGAAAAAUAUUUCAAACACCUGCCAGCCUACAAUGCUAGCUUUUUACAUUAAAGAUUUUAAAUAGAUCAUUUUAUCAACACCAUUGACUUAUAGUGAUAAUUUUUACCACAAAUAACUAUUUAAAACGAUUCAUUUGGCACAAUUUAGCAGUGCUCCGCUUUUCUAAUCUGAUAGCUGAGACUUGACAAUGCGUACUUUGAAGACUUUUCGUGUCUUGUGUGUGUGUGUGUGUGUGUGUGUGUGUCCAUUCUGUAGCUGAAUGAUUGUUGCCAACAGAGAUUGGAAGUGAACCAGCACUACACACAUUUAAUUGCACUUCCUGGUCAGGCAGUAGUAGGAAACACUAGUCAAAAAGUAUUUCAUGACCAUAGAAAGCAUUAUUGAUCAGCCUUUUUUUUUUUUUUUCUUUCUGAUCAUGUGACUUUUUUUCACUGAUCAUGUGACUUAGGAUGUUGGGCCACGGAUGAUAAAGGACCAACGUGCUGUUUUUGACUCACUCAAACCAAAGAGAACCACAGGAUGUUGUAAAUAGAAAGGCCAGUCACCAGAAUUCAUUCGUUUCAUUAGAAAAUAAAAAUACAGCAAAGGUUGGCGAGUUAAACUCAGCACUAUGGUUCUUUAUAUUCAAACACUAGCGCCGGAAAUGAUUAAAUGUGUAUUAUUGCUCACUUCUUGUGUUGAGCUCACAUUGGCAUCAUGUUAGUAAUGUUGCUCAGCCUCAUAUCAUGCAACUUUUUUAAAUACUAUUAUUCAUAUGUGUCUGUUGGUGUGUGUGUGGGGGGGGAGUACUGUAAAAAGAAAAAAAGGGGAAGAACAGUUAAUUGUAUGUCAUGUUGUAAUCAUAUGUUAAGCCUCAAGAUCAAAAUAUGUAUACAGCUGAUCUGCCACUCCGACAUUUUGGAAAGAAAACCAAAUGAUUUUUCUGGAUUUAAGGGUGUUCUGCAAAUGCCAAUAAAGUACAAAGAAAUUC